AGGAAAUCACAUCCGCCUUUGCUUUUACCUUUGUCUAGGCGAAAUCUGGAUUAGACUCGGAUUAUUGCCUGGAGCAAACACAAUCCCUUUGCACUUUUUUCUUGGAUUCACAAUCGAGCAGUACCUGCACAACGGACAGAAAGAUCCAUGAAAGUGCAUCCAAGUAAUCUCCUCCUCUGAAACUCUUUCUACUGAGACCAUAAACAUAUUUCAUUUUUUGAACGAGCACCUGGACUUGGGGGCAUUAUCAACUGCGAGACUCCAAGGGACCAAAAGGAGACGGUUCCACUCACGUGCGAUAACACGUGACCUUCUAAAAUCAUCAUCAAAGGAAUCAAUCUCGACGCGAUGCCCGCCACGAAGUCCAAGGCACUACCGCCACAUUCGCGAUCCCGACAGAAGACAAAUCCGCGUCAAACGUAUCCAUGUCUAAAGGCUCUCUAAUUAUCUUUCACAAAUGAUGAAUGCAUUUGCAGGUCGAUCGCGUUCCUCAGCAGGAUGGUUUUUUGCUGGCCUCGACUCAUCAUUCCCCGAUCUCGGCUCCGAUGAAAGCAACCUAUCAGAUCUCCGUUUCUGUGGUACAGAUCUCAAGUCUGGUUGCAAGGUGUUUCAAGUGCGGAAGUCAGAUCCAUCACGGAGUACAGAGGUGCUCCUGGCACCAGAUGUGCUAAACUACGACGAGCUUGAAGGCGAUUUGAAGGAUCAGGUCUUGGUUUUCAAAUUUAAGGGGAAGUUUCACGCCGUCGACCAUAAAUGUCCACACUCUUCAUAUCCGCUUUCACAUGGCACACCUUUCGACAUCGAAGACUUUGGAAUUGUUCUGAGCGCAGGAUUGACUUGUCCGAAGCAUGGCUGGUCGUUUGAUUUAUUCUCCGGCAUGGCAGACCGCGCACGAUAUAAGCUGGGCAUAUGGGAGGUUCAGUUGCGCGAUACAGCAUCAAUAGGUUCAAUACCAAUAGGAGAUUCUCUUGCAGACAUAGAGAGCAUAGACAAAGAAGUGUGGGUGAGGAGAAAACAAAGAAUAGGGUAAUGUCUCAGGGCGCAUUGAGCACACACUUUCCGAAUCAUUUCCAGUGCACCUUUGAUGUCUUCGUUAAUAAAUCUCGAGAACGUUCGUAACUUUAUGUGACCAACGUACAGAUGGAAUGCAUGCGACUGGGAAUGGUAUCAGCACUUGUCAGGCACCUUGCCACGU